AUGCUCCCGCUCCUCGCGGGAUUCGAGCUCGCGGAUGCCGUUGGUGCUCUCCGAAAUCAGGAUAUCCGGCGAGUACGGGGGGACCUCCGCCCCAAGCAGGUGGCGAUCCGGCACGCGGGAGAAGUCGCCGGUGUAGAGCGCCCGCAUUCCGGCGAUGUCGACCAUGAACAUCGCCGCGCCGAGGACGUGGCCGGCGUUAAAAGGCUGAAAGCAAAUCCCAUUCACGGUCACCUCCUCAUGGUACUCCACCGUUUCGAUCCGCUCGAUGGUGUUAUGCAGCCACUCGCUCGUGACGAGGUCGCUCGCGCCGGCGCCGACGCGCAAAAAGUCGUUCAUCACCAUCUUAUAAAACGCCUUCGUCGCGCUCGUCAUGAAGACGCGGCCUUUGAAGGCGGUUUGGUUGCAGAAGUACGGCAGCGCCCCGCAGUGGUCGAGGUGGAAGUGCGUGAUCAGCACCACCUCGAUCGCCUCGCACGCGAUGCUGUCGAAGAAGGGCAGGGAAUCGAGCCCGCUCUUCGCCGGGUGGUUGCCGCAGUCGAAGAGGACGCUGCGGCCGCGGUAGCGGAGGAGCACGCAGGAGCGCCCGACCUCGCCGCCGCUGCCGAUGGGCACCACCUCCACCUCGUCAACGACGGCGGGCGAGGGCGGGGAGGAGAUGAUCGCCGCCAUGAAUCCCAAGGCCUCAGAGGAUCAAUCGGCGUGGGGUGGGGGAGAUAG